AUGGACGAGCAAUUCAAGCAGUCGUUUGAGAGGGCCAUUUUGUCCCAAGCUGAUGCUUUUGCAAGCCAAUCGGUGAAGAAAGAUGCCUAUGAGUAUUGUGAACAGCUAAAACUCAGAGAUGAUAUUUGGAAAAUUUGUCUUCAAUUUGUUUUAGAGUCAACACAUGAUCAAGUCAAGUUUUGGUGCUUCGGAACGUUAUCAUCGUUUUUAGCUGAAAGAGCAAGUAUUCUUUCCGAUCAAGACAAGGACACCAUUAAGAAUGCUUUGAUGCACUGGUUUUUGAAUGUAAUGAAUAACAGGACUCCUGCAUUUCUAAAGAACAAGUUCUGUGAAACAUUAGUUGCUAUCUUUAGGAUUGAGUACUAUUCUCGUUGGCCAUCAUUUUUUAAAGACCUAUUCUCUAUUCUUUCAAACUCUCCAAGUGAGCUCAUGAUUGAAAUGUAUCUAAAUAUUCUUGAUACAAUCGACUUUGAAUUUGUUGCAAGAUAUAUUGAAAGGUCACCAGAAAGCCACAAAAGAGCUGUAGACAUUAAAGAUGCUAUGCGUGAAGACUGUAUUCCUCAGGUGGUGAGCACUUUUUACACAAUUCUUUCUGCAAAGCAUUUAGCUCUCUCGAAUCAUUGCCUUACAACAAUGUCAAACUAUAUUGAUUGGAUCGAUAUAAAUUUAGUGACAACAGAACAAUUUGUUCAGCUAUUCUAUCAGUUCUUGACAAUGAACGAAUUUAGAACUAAUACCUGUAAAUGCUUAUGUGUCAUGGUGGAAAAAGGAAUGAACGAUAAUGAUAAGCUCAAAUUAAUAACUUCCCUUCAAAUUCCUCAAAUAUUGUUAAAUACAGUGGUUGAUAGUAAUAAUGAUGAGCAAUUUGCUGAAUCAGUUUCUGAACUUGCUGCUGGUGUUUCUAAUCAACUUUUAGAGAUUUCUUCUAGACCAAACCAAGAUUAUCAAUUACAGUCCAGUGCCAGCAAAAUUCUUCAAGAUAUUUUCCCAUUUGUCCUUGCGUUGUUUGCUGAUGCAGACGACCAAGUCUCUUCAUCAGUUAUCAAAUUUUUAAAUGAUUUUGUUUCUGUGAUUAAGAAGUCUAAAACUUUACAAUUUGAGACUCUCCAAACACAACUCCAUGAAAUGUUGACAACCAUUCAAAAGAAGGCAAAAUUUACAGAGGAUUUCAAAUUCGACCCUUCCCAGCAGGAUGAUUAUGAGACUGGAUUUUUAGAAUAUAGACGAGAGUUGUUUGUUCUAUACAAGAACAUAGGAAUCAUUGCUCCUGAUUUGAUGAAGCACUUCAUACACGCAUUAACAAACCACACCAUUGGCAAUCUUAAUGUACUUGGAUUUGCUGACGCAGAAAUUUGUUUAACACUGUUGUACAUUACUGCUGAAGUUUUUCCAGACAUGAUUAACAGACCAAACAUCAAUCAGCAAGAAAAUAUUUUCUUUAAUCUAUUAUUACAAAUUGUUGGAAGCAACAUUUCAUCUUUUCCUCAUUCGUCUAUUCAAUUGGCGUAUUUUGAGGUUCUCUCUAGAUAUGCAUCAUUGGUUCCCAAGUUUCCAGAUGACGUUAUUUCCUCAAUGUUGCAAUCAUUUGUUGAUGAGCGAGGACUUAGGAACACCAAUCCUCAGGUACAAGGUAGAGCAAAAUUUUUAUUUUCCAAAUUUUCUAAACCUCUUAGGGAGAGAUUGAGUGGAUUUAUUGAACCUUUAUUUGUUUCACUGAAAGAAAUUAUGUCCAUAAGCCUACCUUCUGACCAAGAUUUAUCAGUUGAGGAUUAUGGAGGAGACAGAUUCUUCUUGUAUGAAGCUAUUGGUUACUUAUGUGCUUCGGAAAAAGUUACUUCUGAGAUAAGGCAAAAGGUGUUUCAAGAAAUUCUCAUUCCAUUUAAUUCAGCAAUUGAAGAAAUUUUGAAUCAAAAACUUUUUAUGACAGAUACUGCCGAAAGACCAAGAUUUACGAAAUAUAUCAGUAGUAUGAUUCGUGCGUCAGCCUUUUUGAGCAAGGGCUUUGACGAUAGUGCUGCUAAAAAAGUUUAUUUUAAGGACUCGGUAGAAUUUUUCAAACAUUUCCUGAUGACUGUGACCAGGGUUCAUUCAGAAGUACCCAAGAGCAAAGAUAUUCAAACAUGCGUCAUUCUUUAUUAUCACAGGAUGAUUGAGCUCAUGAACGAAGAGAUUUUGGAAGUCAUUCCGUCCACACUUUCAAAUCUUUAUCAAUCCUGUACAGAGAUUUAUCAAAUGAAAGAUUUGUUGAUACUAUUGGGUCAAGUUAUGCAAAAGUAUAAGGACAAGGUCUUCAAUUUGGUUAAUGAAAUGUUUGGCCCUCUAGUGACUAAAAUUUACCCAAUGAUGAAUAAUGGUGUGUAUGAUUACUCGCUCAUUUCCACAAGUGAAGAAACUAGAGAAAAAUCAGAAUUGCACAAGUCGUACUUUGUUUUUCUUCACACCAUUUUCUUAACAGGACUACAACAAGUUCUAGUUUCUGACAAAAAUCGUGCCUUGUUCAAUGGAGUAUUGGAAACGGUUUUGAAAGGAUGCCAACAUGCCUCAGUGUAUCACAUCAAAACUGCAUUGCUAUGUUUGGAAAAUAUUGUGAAUUGCUAUUCUCCUCAACUGGGAGCAGAAUUUAAUGAUUUUGUAAUGAAAAACAUAACUGUUGAAACUUUCACCAUGUUGUUUCGCCCAGAUUUUGAUAUCAACGAUGGUGCCUCUUUCAAUGUUGUCUCAAAUGUGACCCAAGUAUUUGCGGCCUUAGUGGACAAAUGUGGCCCUGCCUUCCUCAAUUAUUUAGCCAACUCUUUCCUACCACAAUUGGGAAUGGAUAAUAAUGAUAUUCAAGGCUUCUGUCUAACACUGCAAGACAUUAACAACAAGAAGAACAAUGGACUGGAAAGAUUCAAACAAUUAUUCGUUACCUUCCUACAGGCAAGAAAGAAGAAAUAA